AUGGAGAAGCGACGAAGAGGCGGCGUGUCGUCCCUGAUGGUGCUGGCGGCGUUGUUGACGGUGGCCGCAAUGCCGUCGCCGCCCCGCGUGGCGGCCGCGCUGUCGCCGGACUACUACAAGGACAGCUGCCCGGACCUGGAGUCGAUCGUGCGGUACGAGGUGACGAGGAAGAAGAACGAGACGGUGGUCACCAUCCCGGCGACGCUCCGCCUCGUCUUCCACGACUGCAUGGUCGGGUCCAAGAAGGCAGAAGCCGUCUUUGGAACCACAAAAGUUGCAAGUUGCGCACUGCUUUUCCAGUCAGAUAACAUGGGCUGUCUGCCGCUUGCCUCUGCUUCCCAGUUCGUCCUUCAUUGGCUCAUCGCAAGCCCUGCCUGCCCUGUGCUGCUCUUCUGA